CAUGUUGUGGUGUGGCAUCAUCGGCCUAUGAUCCUAUAAAGCGGAUCGACUAAUUCAAUCAUCGCAACCCUAAAAUAAAGUCCCUUCUAUAAUGGCUGCAUUAGAGGGAGAUUCGUUGGAGUCCAGAGUUUCCACACCGGUGGAUCCUCCGCCCCAGAUGAAUCCGAAGACAGCAACAGACGGAGGAUCUGACAGUGUCUCCAACAAAGAAUCAGAUGUACUCUGCGUAGCAGGAAGAAAAUUCCGCAAAACCUGCUUCAAAGAUAAGGAAUUUCAACGACAGUACCUGCUCUUCGAAGACCAAUUCGUCCGGAGCGAGGGUUUUGAAAUAGACUGGGAUAAAUUUGACUACUUGUUCAGUUGUCUUGAUGUGGCUUGGUCGGCACCUCUCGAUAAAGACAUGACCAAUGAGGAGUUGGUCCACAGCCUGACACUCCAUGCCAUUAAAAUGCACAAUGAAGAGAAUGGAGCCAAUGUGGAGUUUGUUAAGCAUGUGAAAGCUAAUUUCUGGUGUUGUGCUGGUCAUUGCUUUUGGAUUACAUUUUUUGCAAGGGAUUUGUCAUCAAAUUCAGACCCAAAACUUUACCAAACUAAGGUGUGGAGAUUUAUGGGUAAGAUUGAGGUUUGUAUAUUCAGGGAAAGGCCCACAGACGAAGAAAUUGCUUCUGUGCACGUGGAGAUUAACGAAUAUGAGUGCUUCAAGUGAGCUAGGUAAAUCCAAGCAUUGUCACGUUGACUGGGCUGAAGAGGCCAGAACCUGUAGAAGUUGAUUGCUAAUGGAGUAAUGGUGUUAAAGGCUGUAAUAUUAAUAAUUAUUAUUGUUAUAAUUAUUAUAAUCAUAAUUAUGUUACAUUAGUUAUCUAACGCUCCGCCACUGGAAGAAAUCAGUUACAUCUUGUGCUCUGACAGAAUAUAGGGCAUUUUUAAUUCCACGAGAAAUAAGAUACUCCUGUGUCCUUUAUACACACUAACCGGAGGAUCGCAUAUCGAAGAUACGAC